AUGUUUCCAUCCGCUCGCUCCGCGGCCAUUGCGCUGUUGGCACUAGCCGCGCCUUCUCUCGCUCAAGUCCCAUCUGAGCCUGCGGGCCUCAAGGUGCUCGAGUCGCGCUUCGGAGAUGGUGUGAAGAUUACUUACAAAGAGAACAAGCUUUGUGAGACUAUACCAGACGUCAAAUCAUAUUCCGGUUAUGUCUACCUACCCCCCGGAACCGCCGACUUGGGUCAGGGACAGGAUUAUCCUAUCAAUACCUUCUUUUGGUUUUUUGAAGCCCGUGACGAUCCGGCCAAUGCACCACUUACAAUCUGGUUGAACGGUGGACCGGGUUCGUCCUCAAUGUAUGGAUUGCUCGAGGAAAAUGGGCCGUGCUACGCAAACCCAGACUCAAACUCAACGAGACCAGCUGAAUGGAGCUGGAACAGAGCAUCGAACAUGCUCUAUCUCGAUCAACCCGUGCAGGUUGGCUUUUCAUACGACACUUUGACAAAUGUCACCAGAAACCUUGCUACGGGACAGGUCACGGUGUUGAAUGACACCACACCUCUCCCUGAACAAAACACUACUUUUCUUACAGGCACCUAUCCUAGCCGUAACCCCAACACCACAUUUUUCGGUAGCGUCAAUGGCGCCGUGGCAGCGUGGGAGUUUGCGCAGGCUUGGUUCCAAGAGUUUCCUCACAUUGUGCCCAAUGACACUCGCAUUAGUCUCGCAGCCCAGUCGUACGGUGGACGCUAUGGACCCGCUAUGAUGUCUUUCUGGGAGGAACAAAAUCAGAAGAUUGAGAAUGGCACUCUCAAGGAAGGCUACGUUAUGCACUUGGAUACCCUGCUUCUUAUUUCCGGCUGCAUCGACCGCUACAUCCAGUUUCCCUACUAUCCUCAACAGGCUUACAAAGGCAACGGAUAUGGAUUUGAAGCCGUCAACGAGACGAUCUACAAUGGCAUGGUAGCUGCUGUCCCAGAGUGUCUAGAGAGGAUUCAAAACUGCCGCGAUGCCGCUGCUGUGUCUGAUCCGGAAAACCUAGGCAUCGACGCUGGUGUCAAUCGCAUUUGCGAGGGUGCAGAAACCUUUUGCCGUAACAAUAUCGUCACCCCCUACAACAACUAUGCUGGGCGCGACUACUACGAUAUUUCCACGCCAUCACCUCCACCCUUCCCACCGCCAUUCCACGAGGGCUAUCUGAACCGCGAGUGGGUCCAGGCGGAGCUCGGUGUGCCUCUCAACUGGACGGGUAGCUCCCCGCAGGCUUCAACCGCCUACCGUGCCAUUGGCGACUACCCGCGUGACGGAUGGAUUGAGGAUCUCGGCUUCCUUCUUGACAACGGGAUCAAGGUAUCACUAGUGUAUGGAGAUCUCGACUUCGCCUGCCCCUGGGGCGGUGGCGAUGCUGUGGCCAAAGCAAUCAACUGGACAGGGUCUGCCGGGUAUGCAUCUGCACAGUACGCCGAGAUUCAGACAAACGACUCAUACGUCGGCGGUCUCGUCCGCCAAUACGGAAACUUGAGUUACAUCCGCACCUACCAAGCCGGCCACGCCAUUCCUGCAUACCAGCCCGAGACGGCUUUCAAGAUCUUCACGCGUGCCUUAUUCAACCUUGAUAUUGCUACCGGCACCGAGUCGACUGCCGGCACGGAUGAUGAGAGCACGUACAUGAGCACAGGACGGCCCGAUCCAAAUGUGCAGUUUGAGGCGUAUACAUCCGAAAGGCUAACGUUUUGCUAUACUUGGGAUCUCGGCUCCUGCACUGAGGAUCAGGUCGAUGCAGUGUUGGAUGGAUCCGCCGAGAUUUGCCAGUACCUGGUUGUGGAUGCAAACUCGACGCAAUUGUUUCCCGAGGUGAUUGCUGGAUGCCGCGGCGGCAACGCUAGUAUCUCUGGCAUUCAUUAUUAA